UGUCACCAAAUUUUAAAGAAACCAAUGUCCAGUUUGUACACUUGACGUGAACUGUGUGUAUAGUAUUCAUGCAAUUUUCGCCUUUAUGUCAAACUGUUACUGCUUCAACUUCUUUGUGUUUAAUUUAUUAUGAUAUUCAUUAUAUUUGAUAAAAACUUUUAGGAUGGCCAAGAAAGUAAUAAUGUAAAUAACUAGGUCAAUCUACAAUUAUUCCACACCAAAAUAUUAUUAUGUAGUCUUAAUAAGAGGUAUUGAAACAAAAUAGUAUGUGUUAACAAAAUGUUUGUACCAAUGCUAUGAUGCUAAGAAAUCGAAAAAUGGCAUUAGAAGAAAGUUCAAAUCACAGUGGGGACAAUCUUGGUAUUAAAGUAAAAGGCGAUUUAGGUGAUUUCCAAAUUAUUGAGGAGAAAAGUGAUAGUGAUGGGGAGGAAGUGUUUGAAGAUAAUAGAUCAAGGUCGAUGGGUUGUAUGUCAAAAUUGCCACCAGGAUUUAUCCACCCUUCAACUUCACCUAAAAUUAAUAGUGUUAUUGUAAAAGAUUCUGACAAUGUGCAAUUUGGAAACAACACUCAUUUCCAUGGCCCUGUGACUAUAAAACAAGUGAUACGUAAUAGUGAAUUCGAUAAUUCUGCUUAUUUAAAGACAGAAACUGAAAUUGUGAAUCCUGUCUCUCAUAAGCAAGACUCAAGUAAUGAUGUUUCAGCAUCCAGGAGAUUUAAAUUCCAAGCUUGGCAUAAGAUAACAUUAUCUGCCUUGUGCUUAGCCAUAAUUGCGGGUAUAUGUGCAGUUUUAUCCAUAAUACUAAGUGAUUCAACAAGAGAUGACAAAACUACAACUUAUUUCAAAGGUGAUGAGACAAAAUGCAUUCUGGUGGCAGACCCAUCAUAUCAUGCAACUCACAAGAUAGUCACAAUAACAAUUUCCCUUUUUAUUGUUGUACUGCUAACACACUUUGUAAUGCAUAUCAAGCUAUUCAAUGCAGAUCUGGAAGUUAAAGAGACAGGUGAUCCAUUGCUGAUUGCACAAGACCAUUUGCGAAUAGUAUCAAGGACGGACUGGCUCGCUCAACCUGUUGAGAAAAAAUUAGAUGACAUGAAACAUCCAGUGCCUUGGGUCGUAAUAACACAUACAGCUACAGAAGAAUGCUCUAGUCAGAGUGAAUGUGUUCUUCGAGUCCGGCUCAUUCAAACCUUUCAUAUUGAAUCAAAGCAAUGGUUCGACAUCGGAUAUAACUUCUUAGUAGGUGGCGACGGUUCCGCAUACUAUGGCCGUGGUUGGGAUUACGUAGGAGCCCACACUUUGGGAUAUAAUAGCGUUAGCAUCGGUAUUGCGUUUAUUGGGACCUUCAACACCAAACGCCCACCGAAGAAGCAGUUGGAAGCUUGUCAAAAACUAAUCAAUAGAGGCGUGAAGAUGGGUAAACUCGCUAAAGAUUAUAAGUUGUUCGCUCAUCGGCAACUGGCAUCGACACUCAGUCCAGGCGAUAUGUUAUACAAUAUAAUCAAAACCUGGCCUCAUUUUGCUCAAAACUUUACCGAUCCGAAAGAGAUGGUCUCAAAAACAUAAAUCGGUAGUAAGUAAGUAAGAAAUUGUUUGUUGGGACGAUAUAUACUUAUAGUGCUGUGCGAUCUAAUGGCCAGUUUCCGAGUUUAAACAACAUAAUUUAAUGUUCCCAAAAUCUGUUUAUUAUAAGUCGAUAUUAUUUAGAGCUGGCGCGCACAACACGUUCACAUGUUGCGCGUGUGUAGUGUCACGUCAAACACGUCAGUUGUCAUGACAACGCAAUGCUGACGCGCUAUUUGCCAGAAAAUAUAGCGUGAUGUGUGUCUUGCAUCUAUCCAUCAAUUAUAAUAUUAUUUUUUAUUUUUUUAUCACACUGUGAAAGUAGUACCGGUGUGAGUACUAUGAACGCGUCACCUUUAAUUGAGCGACCUAUAUACGUAAAAGUAAUACGCUUUAUUGAAUCCAAUUACAUUACCUAUACGCUGUUAGAUUAGGGGUGGUUGUAAUAGUCAUAUUUUAAUUGUGCUACAAAUUAACAGCUACUCUUCACUAAUUAAUAUUUUAAAUAUAAAUUAGGUUUUUUUUAGUAUACUGACUGAUUUUUCUUGGUAUUGUUCAUUCUGUUUACACCUAUUAUUAGUACGACAUAGUAUUGUUAAUAGCCGUUACUAUCGCGCUUUAAAAUCUGUCUUUACCCGCUAGUCCGUACAAACAAUAUCUUUGUUGCCGCUGGUGCUUAAUAUUUUAAUAUUCAGAAUAUAGUUUAGGUUAUCCGUAUAUAUAUAAAAAUGAAGCCCUAUUUCCCUUGGUUACGCCAUCACGCGUGAAGUGCAGGACCGAUUUCACUAUUUUUUUUGUUUUUGUUAUUGUCAGGAGAAGGUUUUUAUGAAAGAAAAAAAUCAAAAAAUUGCGCCGAAAAUUAGAAAAUUUAAGAAAACUUAACGAAAAUAUUAAUGUUAUAUAACUGUCAAUUGUUUAAAAUAACUGUCAGCGAUUGACAGAAUGCGCGCUGCAAAUUCAAGGUUAAGACGGGACAACGUCUGUCGGGUCAGCUACUUCUUUUAUGUAAAUUAACACAUUCAUACAUUUUUAAAUCAUUAUCAAGAUAUUAUGUGUUUCAAACUUCUAGUAAAAUAUUGAUUUCAAGAGUAUCACUGUCUAUAUAUUCUACGUAGAAAAGUACGCGAAGAGAUCACGCGUAUCAGAAACGCGCGUCUAUGCUUCGUGUAAAAUGCGCCGUCUCAUUAGGCCUUUAUAGUUUAAAAAUAUAUAUAUCGAGAGUAAAAAUUAUGUGUCACACUUUUUCAAAUAUCAACCACUACGCUUUUAUUAUAUCUUAAAAAGUGAUUGGGGCUAAAUACCACAGUACUGCCACUUCAUGAUUAGGUAAGGUAAUUUGUAUUAUACAGAUGGGUGCGUGAGAUGGGGCAGCAAGGGCAGCUACCUCAACGGCUGUAGCUAACCUAAAACUUUCUUAGUAGACUGCUCAUCAUGUUUUGAAGACAUUAAGAUCUACAUUCAUAAAUGUGUAGGCAUGUCCUAAUUUGUUAAAAAAUUAUAGACCGCUUGUUGUCUCAUCUGAAAACCCGACUGUAUAAUAUAAUUUUUGUAUUUUAAUGCUUUAUGUGUCAUUAAUGAUGGAUAAGUAAUGUUCUUCGCAAUAAUUGGAAAAUAAUUUCUACAACAAUUUUACAUCCGAUAUAUUUUAUGAUUUGUAUUAAGAAAACGAAAAGUAUUUACAUGUAUGAUAUGGAAUGUAGAUGUAUUUUUAUUUUCCAAAACGAAAAAUUGUUUUCAGUUUUUUGUUUUACGGGAAAACAGUAUUGGCAAACGAUUGUUUGCGAGGUAUUACUUCACAUACUUACUUUGAUUUAUUUUUCCUUAUUUCUUAUUUACUUCGAUUUUAGUACUUAACUGGUGAAAAAAUACAAACGUAUUAUUGUUAUAAGUCCGUUAUUUUUUACAUUAAAUUAUGCAAUAUUAUUGCUAUUUAAAUUGAAUCCCUAAAGUCUUAACUAUUUAUCACUAUACCACAUAAUGGAAGUAUUGGCGAUUGCUACUUUAUCGAAAAUUAACCUGUUAUUUGAAGUAUUAAUAUAAAAUAACUUUAGUUUAUGAUCAAAACGUCAUUCAAUAGUAUUUAUACAAUAAGUAAGUUCACUCUGAGUAUUGAGAAACUUAGUUAAGAUAUGUGCUCACACAAGAAAUGAAAGGAACCUCAAAUUUCAAGUAUUUUUAAUAAAAGUGAUGUAUCGUGUUAUUUUACUUGCUGCAAUGGCAACAUUAUAUGAAUAAUGUUUGCAUUCUCAAUGCAUAUUAUUCCAAAGUAAAUUAGCAUAUAUUUUCGUCUUUGUAUAACAAUGUAAAUAUCUCUACUUAUAUACCUUUUUUAUAUCUUUAUAUGCAUUAUUACACAUGUCCAGUUUUAAAUGCUUCUCUUUUUAUCUUUUUGUUUGACUUAUUAAGAACGUAACUAGUAAAUCAUCUCUCUCAUAGGAUGAGUAAAAUUAGGAUUGCCAGAUGGCUAGGAUUCUUCCGUCAUUUAACCGGUUCGCUACCUAACCCUUCCCUAAGUCUAAAUUCGUGGACUUUCUUAAUAUUAAUUCAAUCAAUCAAUGACUACAUACUUGUAGCCAAUAAAAAAGUAAGUAAGAAAGUUUAAAUUUUUAUGUUAGAACUCCAAAAUCCCAUCAUUUUAGAAUGUAAUCCUGAUAUAAAAAAAAAUCCACCUGGCAACCCUAAGUAAGAUAGAAAAAGGUGUGCCUGUACAGCUUAUGUGUCCGUGCAUAAGUACAAAGAGCUUUAGGCAAUACGAACCUAUUUUCGUAAAUAUGUUGGUUAUUGGGUAGGUGCUAUAUGUAAUCACAUUUAUAGGAUUAGAAAUGAGUAUCUCAGUACGAUACCAGUAAUUACUCGUGAAGACUAAAUAUAUGAACUAUAGAGUGAAACAGAUGCAUUUCCAGAGGAUCAUAAUAAGAUCAUGAAAAGGCUGUAAAUAUGUCAAAUAUUAGUAAUAAAAUAAGCUAUAUAAGAUUGCACCUCUAAUAAAUGACAAUUGCACAAGAUAGCGGUUCAUCUUCACAAUAAAUAUGAUUAAUCAAUACAGGGACGAUUUCAUAAAUGCUUAAAGAACCAAUAAUAGCUGUGUUUUUUGUUCUUAUUCAUUUAAAUAUAUAGAAUUUUAUACUUGAAACAAUAAUGGAAAAAAUGUUCACACGAGUGCCUAUAGUAUACGUUUUUCGUUUGAUUUAUAAUGCUAUAGCAUAUUAGUAUUCUAUUAUGGUGUUAUAUACGUAUAAAUAAUAAAUAAAUUAUUUUUACUUUUGAUCUUCAUUGUAUUAUGUGAUAUUCGCUCGCUGAUUCAAAGGGAAUCGAGUAGAUUUAUACUUAAGACAAAUAAAACAUUGUCAAAUAUAACUUGAACUGUAUUUCUAUUGUGUGCUACUGUAAUAUAAAAAUGCUGCCGUGAAAACAGCUACAAAAUAGCAAGAAUAUUAUACUGUAAAUACCUGCAAAGUUAUUAUACCUUUGUUAUACGCUGAAGUAUUUUUAAAGUUCAAUUAUACUACAAUACUUUUUCAUAUACUGUGUUACGUUUAAAUAAGUUUAAUAAUAUAAUAUAUUGAUUAAUGCGAAUUAUGUAUAUCGAGUAAUUGAUUUUUCAUGUUACUCUACAGAAAUGUUUGUUUCUUGUUCUUUAUUUUGUGUCAUAUUUUUGAUGAUGUAAUUUUUUUUUGCUAAUGGUGACCUUGGUGUUACCUUAGAUUUGUUUAAUAAAACAAUGUGGAAGUUAUAAUGAUAAUUGUUUACCUCUUAAUGAUGUAAUUAUGGGCAUGAUAGAUCAUUAGUAGGUUAGCAAUUAUCAUUAGUGUACAUAAUUAUUAGUAUUGAAAAAGAGAUACGUUAAUAUCUUUGUAACGGCUAGGAAAAAUUCUCUGGGCGCGCAAGAAAGUUUUGAAUCUAUAACCUCAGUACGCGCUCAUUCUUGCGCUAUGCAAUAUUUGUAAUAUGAAUUCCUGUCUAAAUUGUUUAACUAAUAUUAUUGCAGGUUUCAUAAAAAUAUUAUUUUUCUUAUUUGCAAUUACGUAUAGAAUAAUAUAAAAUAUUUAAAAUACAAGACAAUAUCUAUCGACGAGAGAUGUUUAUCUCUCGCUAGUCGAAACAAUUAUGCAGUCGAUUGUUUGAAGCGACUUCAAAGCGAAUUAUUAGAUUGUUAAUACCUGUAUAAAACGUUAAUCUUCUAGUUUUGUCUAUGACACCAAAAAAGUAACAUCUAGUUUACAGAUAUAUUUUAUUGAGAUCUUUAUUUGAAAGAGUAAAAAUAUGAUUAUUAAAUGUUAUUCUGAAUAUUUGCUAGUAGUAUGUAUAUUAAUAUAAAAUAUAUUUUACCACAGUGGGCCACCUUUCGAAAUUUGACCAAUCUCCGUAACAGAUGUCGCUAGCUUAGUAAAAAGCUCUGCGGAUUCUCUGGGCUUACCUAUUAUGGUAAUGUAUUUUAAUAUAUUGCUUGUAAUCCGGUUUUUAGAAUUUAGAAAGCAGUUAGUAGCAAACAUGUCUUAUAAAGUCAAAGCCGGCCUACAGCCAAAUGCUACAGCGGGUUAUAUUGUGUACAAUAUAACCCGCUGUAGCCUUUGGCUGGAGGCCAAUGGUGUAGACUGUAGUCUACACCAUUAAUGUAACCUUAUAUCACAAUAAUUUUUUUAGAAAGAAAUUGCAAUUUUUGAUGCUGACCUUUUGGACUGUCAGCCGUUCAAUAAACGAUCCCAAUCUCAAUUUAUAAUCCGAUUUCGAGAAUGAACUAAUCAGAAUGUCAUGGGUAAGCAUGUCAAAAAUAAAAAAAAAUAUGUGAUUGGCGUUGUUUAUUGAAAAUGUUGGCUAAUCAUAAUUGUGUAUGUAACUAGGUUGCCCACCUUAUUUAAAAACAUUUUAUACGUCUGUAAUCUGUAAUAGUUAUUAAGUGUUUUGUCUUGAAUGACAUUUAGUGUCAGAAGAAGCGAGGCAACGUUGUAAAAUUAUCACAAUCGUAUACAGCGUUUUUAAUAAGGCCCAUGAGAUUAUGUUUAAGAAAGUAUAAAAGAUGCUCAACAUGUUUUGGAAGAGAUUUUAUGAUAUAUUUAUACGAUAAAUAAAAUAAUGUAUGAAUUUA